AUGGAGUCGAAUCAACGCUCGGCGAGCAAUCAGACGCCAAAUCCUUCGAACAACGAACAACGAGCGAGUUUUACACCGCCGUCAUAUCCUCCUACCCAAAUCCAUUCAUCUUCGCCCAGCGCAGACCAGUCUCCGCACCUCCGACAACAAAGCGCAACACAAGCAGAAUUCGUCAAUAUCCCGUUUUCAGACUCACCUAAUCCAUCUCAAACGACCUUUCCUCGUCCUUUGACACUCGAUCCUAAUGCACCUUCAACGCGCCCUGGGCCGAGCCACUCGCGCUCACAUUCUCGACAAAGUAGUUAUGGCGGUCAAGCGGGCGGAUAUCCACUCGUGGACAUGUCAAAUAAUGCAUCGACAAGCCAGACCCAGCUCAAUCAGCCACCGUACAGAUUUCCUCAACCGCAAGAUCCACAGACGUACUCGAACCCAAACCUCGUCGGGAGCACAGAUAAAUUCUCAACCUUUUCGAGUACUGGGACGGCCGUAGGAGAACAGGGGACAGGUUCACAUUCUAGGACCCAUUCGACUCAUUUCUUACUCGCACACGGACGCGGUCAUGUGGAGCCUCCGACACUCGAUGAAACGGGUAAUGAGGUCCACGAGGGGCCUGGACGGCAUCCAGCCCGCCAUGCGUCUGAAUACGAGUCGACAGAACAUCAAAUGAGGGGCCGUAUGUUUCUUGGUGGUCUCUUCAAACCUUUCGUCGUUCGUCAAUUCCUGCAUAAUGGCUUUCUUUAUCGAGAAGAAGAAGAAAGAGGGAUCUCUCAUUUCGAACUGUUCGCUGACCUAGUCUUCGUCGCCAUUGUUCACAUUUUGGGCGAGGUCGCCGCGGAAAAGGCUUCGAUCGGAAACGCGGUCAAGUUCUUUCUUAUGUUUUGGCCUCCAUGGAGUAUCUGGGCUGACAUGCGCUCCUACCUCAACGUCGCCGGCUCCUUCCAGGAAGAGUCAACCCCAUCGCACAAGCAUAGUGUAAAGAAAGUACUUUUCAAGCUUGUUGGACGAAGCGCACUCGAAGAUAUGACAAUCAGCAAUGACGGCUAUGCUGCUCUUCGCGCCGCGACAGCUUUCUUCCUCGUCGCCAAAGCAAUUCGCAUUCUACUCCUCCUUGCCUACGCCAUCACCCUCCCGAGGUUCAGAACGGCACACCUAGUACAGGUUAUUUUCACGCUCAUCCCGUGCUUGAUCUUCUUGCGCAUGUUUUGGGUAAACGACGUAGUGGGUGCGAUGGAAGUGUUUGUCAUAGGGUUCGGCCUGGACCUGAUCGGAAAAUAUGUUGCGGGUAUUGUGGUGCACUCUGGCAGCUCGCGCAAGAAUCGCCACAAAUUCUUUAUCCCAGCACUGGAAAUUGGACACGUUAUCGAAAAGACGACAGCAUUCUUCGUCCUUGUGGCUGGGGAGAUUCUGAUCGCAGUUAGCUUUGUAACGAAGGACAGCAAAGAGAUUGGCCCACAUGGUGAAUAUGCAAGGAGCUGCCUUGGUGUUACACUUGCGUUCCUACUAUGCUGGAUCUACUUUGAUGCAGACUCAUGCAAGGUGUUCGUCCAUGCGAUUCGUCGGCACUGGUUCUCUUCGAUUACAUGGACACAACUGCACCUUCCACUCUGUGCAGGGCUGGUGAUUGUCGCAGCCGCUGCGCAUGAGAUGAUUAUCGAGGAGCAUAUCAGUCAAGGUCUUCGGUACUACUUUGGCAUCGGAAUGGCCAUUAUUCUCCUCUCGCUCGGUGCAAUGGGCUUCCUCCAUCGUUCCCUUGACAAGCCAUUUGGACGGCAAGGGGGAGGCCUCAUUCCGCGCUGGAUCAGACUUAGCUUGCGAUUGGGCUUGGGCGCUGUGUUCGCGGUUUUACCAGCCGUUAUCCACAAUGAAAGCAGCGUUUUUGAACUCGGUAUCGCCUGUGUCGCGCUAGCCGGGCUUGUUAUCGUUGAGACGGUUGGCAAGAUUGGUCUCGAAGGAAACGUUGCGCCUGAACUCGACUUGUCUGGUGGACCUGCUGUUCUCGAUGCCUCUGAGAUCCGCCAACCAACUCAGCCAGACCCUCGAGAUGAAGAAGAUGAACCAGAAGGCCACUCGACAGGCGUAGAGUACAUUUCUGGACACAAAAGAUUCAGACGAGAUGACCUCACUGCGUAUGAAAAGGGAGAAGAAGAUGUCGGCGGCGAGAACAGUGUCGGGCUCAUGAAGGCGGUCGCCAUUCGCAGAGGUCAACGUACGGGUCUUGCCGCAUUCUGA